GGGGGGUGAAGGGCCUGGGGGGGUCGCCGCGCCUCUUCCUGUGACCGGCAAAGCGAGCGGCAUCAGCGACCCUCAAAGCGCGCACGACGUUUCGCGUCCUCUAGGACUUAAAAAUGCGUUACGUGGCCGCUUACCUGCUCGCCACACUGGGUGGCAAUGAGCAACCCACUGCCAAUGACAUCAAAAAGAUCCUCGGCAGUGUCGGCAUCGAGGCCGACGACUCCAAGCUCAGCAAGGUCAUCAACGAGCUGAAGGGAAAGAAUGUAGAGGAAGUGAUCUCUGCUGGGUUCACCAAGAUCUCGUCCGUGCCGGGCGGUGUGGCUGUGUCUGCCGGUGUGCCCGGUGGCUCAGCCGCUCCAGUCACCGCUGGGGCUCCAGCCGCUGCUGCUGAAGUGAAGAAGGAAGAAAAGAAAGAGGAGUCCGAUGAAUCUGAAGAUGACAUGGGUUUUGGGCUGUUUGACUAGAUACCACGCGCAUGUCUGCCACCCCGAAUAACAUCAAAAUAAAAGUGUGAAAUAAA